AUGUCACCUACAGUUUUCCAAUGUGCAACUCUAUGCGUGUUUCAUCUCAACGAUAGUAACAAGAGUGACCUAGUCAGCAGCAUGUCUUCUGCUGAAUCAUUGGUUCUAAUCUUUUGUACUUUAAGUCAGAUAGUGCAUCCGCUAGUAGUGAAGCAAAAUGAUCCUGGCUAUCGAUGUGGUCAAAGGCCUAUCAACCAUCUGAAUACCAUCAUUUCCGGUCAGAACAGUUGGCCCGGACAGUUUCCUUGGCACCUGGGGCUUUUCGAACUACAACAACUUGGCAGCAGCUAUCUUUGUGGGGGAUUUUUGGUAAGUGAUAGAUUGGCACUUACAGCAGCCCAUUGCGUUACUGCCCCGAACGGAUUCCAAAUUGCUCCCGAAGUGCUGUUUAUAAGAUUGGGUCUCGUUGAGUUGAUGACCGUUAAUCGGAACACCCAGGAGCAUCGAGUGCAGGCAGUUCAUCGACAUGAGUCUUUUAGCGCCACAUCCUACAAACAUGAUGUUGCGAUUCUAAUGCUGCAGACGAUAGUCGAGUUUGAUGAUUUCGUUCAGCCGGUUUGUUUAUGGAGCAAUUUUGAACAUGGAAAAGCGACGGAAAUGUCCGGAUACGUUUCUGGAUGGGGGUUAACUGAAUAUCGUCGGCUGGCUAAUAAACUUAAAACGGCAAGCUUUCCAAUGGUCAGCACUCUGGAAUGUCUUGAAAGUGACCGACCAUUAUUUGGUCAACUACUUUACCCGGGAAUGUUUUGUGCCGGAUCGAGAAACGGAACAACGGUUUGCAACGGAGAUAGUGGAGGAGCUUUCGUUGUUAAUUUGAAUGGAACAUGGAUUGCUCGUGGAAUAAUCUCGUUCACUGGUUUGCAAGAUAAUGAUGUGACGCUUUGCAAUCCGAAAGGUUUGGUGGGAUUCGUCAAAAUACAUCACUAUCUUAGCUGGAUUGAAGCCACUGCUCGAUUGAAAGAUGUAGAAAAAGAUUCAGAUGAUAUAUUUGACAGCAGUGAAACCAACUACCACACAACCUUUCAAUCAUCCAAUCCAAUAAGCAAUCCAAGUAUAAGUGAAAAAAAAUGUAACGAGUAUCAGAAUGGUUCAAAAAACCAGCAGCGGGAUUUGACCCAUUUGGCGUACCUUUCCAGGAUGCUUCCAUCUUCCCCGAUGCGAGUGAUUGAUUGUUUCGUCGUAUUGAUAAGUGAACGAUUCUUUAUAUCCCGAGCAGACUGUCUCCGUCCAGGGGACAAUCAAUUCAUUACCGUCGAGAUGGAGGGUCAGGAAAUGCAGUUCCAGAUAGAAAACUUUCACCGACAUCCACUGUAUCUGAAAAAUCCUGUUGAAAACAACUUCGGCUUAAUUGAGCUCAAAUGGAACAUAUCGCUUCAGACCAGCCAGUUUAUGUGUCUGUGGACCAGGAAGGAGCUGGAUUUGGGGAACCUGUUUCUCUACUCGGCCAUGAAUGAAUCGAAACAGCCCCCAAUCGGACACCAUCAUGGGAGAAAAUGUUUCAAUCAACUGCUUGCACCAUCAAUAAUGAUCGAACGGCCGGAAGACGGAGUGUACCAUUUGGUAGGACUGGUGGCGAACAGUACAUGUGGCAAGAUUCGCUUUGUAAGAGUACAGAAUGUGAUCCCUUGGAUAGAAGCCAUUGUUUGGGGGAAAUAAAUGUAGUAAAUGGUGUUUGAUGGCCCGAGAAUGAAUGGAGAGAAUGUUUGGGGAAAUAAAAUCUAUAAUUUAUCAGCCGGCGUGCAAAUUGUUCGCCAAACAGAAUGUUUGAGGAAACUUUUGGAAUCUUCACUUCAUACUUUAUCGAUAUGUUUACCACAUAACUGUGACCUUACUUCGCGC